AUGGCUGCCAUCCAUCGUCCCGCACAUCUCACGCACCAUGCCGCCAAGCUGGCCUCGGCCGCCUGCCUCGAAAAGGCCAAAGCCAUAGGCGUCCCAAUGAACAUCGCCAUCAUGGAUGCCUCGCUCUAUCUUCUCCACUUUGAGCGGAUGCCCGGCGCAAAACUCACCUCGGUCGACAUCGCCAUGAACAAGGCAUUCACUGCGGCAGGCCAUCGAGCUCCAACGUCGGUCUACAAGGAGGCUGUGUGGCCCGGUGGUCCGGCGUUCGGGUUGAAUAGUAGCAAUAAUGGCAGAUUCAUGUACGUGGCUGGAGGCAUCCCCAUUGUUGUGGAUGGAGAAGUGGUGGGUGCUAUCGGUUGCAGCACGGGCACGCCGGCACAGGAUACCGAAGUCGCGCAGGCUGGGGUCGAUGCAGUCAUGGCAUAUGUCAAGAAAACCCAAGCAGCAAAGUUAUAA